GUCUCAUUGAAAGCCACAUUGACUUCAAUUCAUUUCCUUUUCUCGUUUGUCAGUAAAGAUGUCUAAAAGAGGACGUGGAGGAACCGCUGGCGCCAAGUUUCGCAUAUCUCUUGCGCUGCCCGUCGGGGCUGUCAUGAACUGUGCCGACAAUACUGGCGGUAAAAACCUGUACGUAAUCGCCGUGAAUGGCAUUAAGGGACGACUGAACCGAUUGCCGGCCGCCGGGUGUGGAGACAUGUUUGUGGCCACAGUCAAGAAGGGAAAGCCCGAGCUGCGGAAGAAGGUUAUGCCCGCUGUGGUGAUCAGACAGAGGAAGCCCUUCAGGAGGAAGGACGGCGUCUUCAUCUACUUCGAGGACAACGCCGGAGUGAUUGUCAACAAUAAGGGCGAAAUGAAGGGGUCGGCCAUCACGGGACCCGUCGCUAAAGAGUGCGCCGAUCUGUGGCCAAGAAUCGCAUCCAACGCGUCGUCCAUUCAGUAAAAGGCAUUCACUCUGUAUUUCUGUCUUCAAUUGAAUUUUGAAUUAAAUAAAAAAAAUUAAACACAAA